GCACGCAAUGGAUAUAAUGGAGAAGGUUGACAUUAAUUUCAAACAUGGGCACAUCAAAUCAACAUUGCAGAGUAGCCUACUGUUUAUAAAACACAUUUCUACAUACUCCUCUUCCAAGACCAAAAGUUGAACAAAAAUAGACGCAGGGCGGGGAAUUAAAUUCGCUAACACUAAUAGUCCACUCCAUAUUUUGUGAGAUACGACGGACGCUGGUUUACUGCAGAGGUUUUGAGAGGAGGAAAAAACCGAGCGUGAGAAAACAAUUACCGAAAUUACUCGACGAAUUACUGUGCCAUAACCUUGCAACUAAACAAUUCCAACAGUCCAAGUUGCUAUCCCGACGACACAGACUCAAUUUAGCAGUGAGAGUAGCGCGAGUGAACCCGUGAGAACGAAGGCUUCGAGAGCGACAUAAACCCCAGCCAGCGGCAGCGGUCUCCAUUUUAACUUCGAGUCCGAUCUAUGCCUCACGUGUCUUGGACUGUCUCUCUCACAUGACCCGAGUGUUUGUUCCCGUGAUCAGCACUUCCAUCCACGCGUCCGUGUCACUGAAUAUCACAUUUUAUUCCAACCCUGAUGGAUAUGCACCUCGAACAGAGUCUGGACACCGCGACAAGUCACGACAAACAAGAGGAGGAGGUCGUCCAAUUAGAAGGAGACGGGGAAGGGGAGCAGACUGCUGUUACCAUAGCCAGCAUUCAGCAGGCCCAGGCAUUUGCGGACCACAACAUUCAGUACCAGUUCCGCUCUGAGGGUGGUCAGGUGACUUACCGUGUUGUCCAGGUAACUGACCAGCAGCUGGAGGGGAGAGAUGACGGGGGAGGGCCGGUUAGCGUGGUCUCCACGGCCGCCUUCCCUGGCGCUCCUCAAGCAGUGGCCCAGGCUGUGAUCCAGAACCCUUUCAGUAAUGGGGGUAGCCCCGUGGGAGAUACGCUGGGAGGGGAGACGCGCUUCGCCUACUUCCCAGCUACGGCUGUGAGCGACGGCACUGUGUCUGUGCAGACCACCUCCGACCCCACACAGGCUGGGGGUCAGUUCUACGUGAUGAUGACCCCUCCUGACGUCUUGCAGACAGGCACACAGCGAACCAUAGCACCGCGCACACACCCCUACCCUGAAGACGAAACCGAGAUGCUGCAACAUGACGGUUUAAACUGGAAAAUGGAUGGUCCACGGACACCCAGAGAUGAAAGGAGGAGAGCUCAACACAAUGAAGUUGAGAGGCGGCGGAGAGACAAGAUCAACAAUUGGAUCGUCACGCUCUCCAAAAUCAUCCCCGACUGCAACAUAGACAGCACUAAGACGGGGGCUGUAAGUCACUCUAGUAAAGGGGGCAUCCUGUCUAAGGCGUGUGACUACAUCCGAGAGCUCCGUCAGAAUAACCAGAGGCUCCUGGAUGGUGUCAAAGAGGUGGAGAGAGUACAGGUGGACAACGAGCUCUGCAGACAGCAGAUUGAGGAGCUGAAGAACGAGAAUGCCCUUCUUCGAGCGCAACUCCAGCAGCACGGCAUCGAGAGCGUGGGCGAGACGCCGCCACAAUGAACGAGGGAGACUGGGAGAGCAGGACAGGUAGAAGGAAGAGGAGAACGAGGCAGACUGGAGACGACACGUAGGAACAAAACAAAAUGAAUGAGCUACUGACAAAUCACUGUUUUUCAGUCGCAGACAGUUAGUCUUCCAUGUCUUUAAGGCUGCAUCCGAGACUCUUGGCAGGCUCCUGCUGCUUUGUUGGCUGCACUUGACUGAUCCAGGAUCAGUCGAAAUGACAAAAGAAGCUACCAAGUAGACAAUAGACAUGUCUCAGAGAGAGAACCGGUCGCAACCAGCAGAGAAACCCUCUACUAAGCCCAGAGAAACCCUCUACUAGCCCAGAGAAACCCUCUACUAGCCCAGAGAAACCCUCUACUAGCCCAGAGAAACCCUCUACUAGCCCAGAGAAACCCUCUACUAGCCCAGAGAAACCCUCUACUAGCCCAGAGAAACCCUCUACUAAGCCCAGAGAAACCCUCUACUAGCCCAGAGAAACCCUCUACUAGCCCAGAGAAACCCUCUACUAGCCCAGAGAAACCCUCUACUAGCCCAGAGAAACCCUCUACUAGCCCAGAGAAACCCUCUACUAGCCCAGAGAAACCCUCUACUAGUCCAGAGAAACCCUCUACUAGUCCAGAGAAACCCUCUACUAGCCCAGAGAAACCCUCUACUAGCCCAGAGAAACCCUCUGCACAACUGCUCCCUCCAUUGACAUUGGAUAUUUUGUUUUUGAGUUGUUUUCCCAUUCUCUUAAGUCAUUUUUAUUUUAGUCUGUAUUUGUGGUUGAGUUUCAUAUUACCAUUUUUGUUACGUUAGUGGUUUUAAAUUAUUAGUUUGUGUAUUGUUAAAAAUCUGCCCAGAAAGACUCAUUUAGGAGAUCCGAUGUAUCCUAGGGGAAUAGAUGAUGUAUGAGUGAGAGUGUGGUAGGUUACCAGUCAGUAGAACAGAAACACGAUACAAAUAAACCGCUGCAUUGCAGAACUAUGUGAAAGAAUGGCUUGAUAGUUGGCAAUAUUAUUAGGUGUUUUCAAAGGUGACACCGAUAUACAGUGAGUAUUGGGACAUGACACAUUUAGUUGUUUUGGCUCUGUACUCCAGCACUUUGAGAUGAUACAAUGACUGAGGUUUAAGUGCAGACUGUCAGCUUUAGUUUUGGUAUAUUUGAAUCCAUAUCGGGUGAACCGUUUUAGAAAUUACAGUACUUCUUGUACAUUUCUCCUCCACCCCCCCCCAUUUUAAGAGACCAAAUGAUGUAUUCAUGUGCAUUAAAGUAGUCAAAAGUUGAGUAUUUGGUCCCAUAUUCCUAGCACGCAAUGAUUACAGAAAGCUUGUGACUCUACAAACUUGUUGGAUGCAUUUUCUGUUUGAUUUCUAUUGGCCACAAAAUAAUCUAAACAAUCUGAAACCAUGGUAAAUAAUACAUUGUCAUUUUGGAGCCACUUUUAUUGUAAAUGAGUUUCUAAACACUUCUACAUAAAUAUGGAUGCUACCAUGAUUACGAAUAGUCCUGAAUGAAUCGUGAAUAAUGAUGAGUGAAAGUUCGACGCACAUAUAUCAUACCUCC